CCGACAGGCGGAGGCAAGAGCUUGCUGUUCAGCGUGCCGGCUUGCUUGACGGACGCUGGGGUGACGGUGGUGGUAGUGCCGUAUCGAGCGCUGAUGGAGGACUUGGUGAGCCGCAUACGAAAGUGCGGCAUUGACUGCAUCAAGUGGAAGCACAGAGAGAGCAAUCUGGCGAGCGUAGUUGUGGUCAGCGCAGACAUGGCUGGUGACACAAGAAGCAACGGCAACUUCAUAGGGUACGCGAACAUGCUGCACAGCAAAGGGCUGCUGCGGUGGGUGGUGGUGGACAAGUGUCAUCUCAUCUUCACGUCGAGCGACUGGCGGCCGAAGCUGGCAGAGUUGAAGAACUUGCGGCUGCUGCCGUGCCUAGCCAAGAUAAGGGCGCGGGGAGGACACCGAACCGCGGCAAAAGAGGCUUAG